CCCAUAAAUAAAAUCAGUCGUUCUCCCCCUAUUUUCAAUCUCUCUUUUUUUCCUUUUGAAAAAACAAAAUAAUAAAAAAAAGAACGCCUCUUUUAUCCUUCAGUCUAUGCUAAAAAUCUCGACAGUUUCGGUAUUGCUUUUACUAUUAAGAAAUAUUCUAGCACAGCCUAUUAUUGUACUAGAUAAUGAAGUGAUUACCUAUCAAUCCGCCAUGUUUUAUGAGCGACUUGUCAUAAUUGUGGUAUUGGUCCUUUUAGGCGGAGUAUUUGCAGGAUUAACGAUUGGGCUUAUGGGACUUGAUCAAACAAACUUGCACGUCAUGGUAGAAUCGGGUUCUGCCUCAGAAAAGGAGAAUGCUAAAAAGGUAUUAGCUUUAUUGGAACGCGGAAAACAUUGGGUUUUAGUGACGUUAUUAUUAUCCAAUGUGAUUAUCAACGAAACGUUACCUAUUAUCUUGCACGAUGUUUUGGGUGGAGGAUGGCAAGCAGUUGUUACUUCCACUGCUUUGAUUGUGAUUUUCGGAGAAGUAAUUCCUCAAUCCAUCUGCGUUCGUCAUGGAUUGGCCAUUGGGGCUAAGACAGCAUGGAUGGUGUUGGUUCUGAUGUACAUUAUGUAUCCCAUUGCCUACCCUACUGCUUUAUUGCUGGAUUUCUUUCUUGGAGAAUCACACGGUACAGUGUAUAAAAAAGCUGGACUCAAAUCUUUGGUGUCAUUACAUCAAGCCGUGCAUGCAUCUGAUGUCGAUGCACUUACAUCGGAUGAAGUGACAAUUAUUGGAGCAGUACUGGAUCUUAAAUCUAAACCCGUCUCAUUUAUUAUGACACCCAUGGAUGACGUAUUUACUUUGUCUACAGAUGACAUUAUGGAUGAAGCCCUUGUGGACAAAAUCUUGACAGCUGGUUACUCUCGUAUCCCUGUUCACACUCCCGAAGAUAAAAAUAACUUUAUUGGUAUGCUCUUGACAAAGAGACUGAUCACCUAUGAUCCUGAAGAUGCUUUACCCACAAAACAGUUACCUUUAAGCGCAUUGCCUGAAACAGGUCCUGAUACCAGCUGCUUGGAUAUUCUGAAUUUCUUCCAAGAAGGCAAAAGUCAUAUGGCUUUGGUCUCGGAUGAUCCGGGAGGUGAGAGUGGUGCAUUGGGCGUGAUUACACUAGAAGAUGUGAUUGAAGAACUAAUCGGUGAAGAGAUUAUUGAUGAAACUGACGUCUAUGUUGAUGUUCGUAAUAAGAUUCGUGUUGUGCGUCGACAAAUGUUGAGUAAACGUAAUACCCACUUGACCGCAAACAAAAAGAAAGAAAUGAAGCAAGAAAAGCUCUCCAAAUCGUAUGGAGCUGUUUAAUUUAUAAAUACCUACACUGGAAGGUAUUUCAGUAGGAAUUAAAGAAAAAAUAAAGAAAUUAGUAUAUUUGGCAUUAGAGUAAAAUGUUUAUAAAAUACAUCUCGUAAGAAUAUCGAGCUCGUUGAGCUUCUUUGGUCCCGCUGGAGGUAGUAACAGUAUCUGUAGAACAAGGUGUAAUCGACGUUUUGGUUAGAAUAUGUAUACGGAAACAUAAAAGCAGACUAAAACAAUCUGGAAGAGACAAUUUAGAAGUACACACAAUAAAAGAAGCCACAUUAUAUCACCAUUCAUCAACUUCAGAAUGUGUGUUUCCUCCUGCAUUACAA